UCUGACCAAAUCAACGGUCCGCGUUAAAUACCAUUUUCCAGUAUAGAAUCGUAGAGACACCCCUCACCGAACCGUCACACUCGCCCUUCCGCACCAUCAGCCAUUCAGCACCAGAGGAAGUCCAUAGCCAAAUUACCCUAAAGGGCCUCUCUCUUUGCCUCUCUCUUUGCCUCUCUGGAAUUCUGGGUCUUCUCAAAUUGCGCAGAAACUGAUAGGAGGGUUUUCUGAGGGAAGUUUCGGGGUGUUGCUGGGAAAAGGCAGUCUUUGAAUCUAUGGAGGCUUAUAAGAAAUGGGUUAGGGAGAACAAGGACUACGUGCACUCCUUGGAGUCUCUGGCAAAUGGAUUCACGUGGCUUGUACCUGAACGGUUUUCUGAAUCAGAGAUAGGACCAGAAGCAGGUUUUUUGAAAUUUUGUAACUACUCUGUUGGGAAUAAUAAGUGCUAUCAAUGAACAUAUAAUCAACACAUCUCCUACUUCAAUGCAUGUUGGCUCUACUGAGGGUUAUUCUUUCCCAUAUGCAUUGUGUAUAUCUGCACUAAAGGAUUUGGAAACGUUGGUUGAAGUCGUGGCUCAACAGUAUUUCGGUGAUGAGAAAAAAUGGAAUUUCAUUGCUAUUAUGGAAGCUACAAAGGUGCUAGUUAGGUUAGCUUUGUUCCAGAACAAUGGAUAUAAGAUGCUUCUGCAUGGAGGAGAGACACCAAAUGAUGAAAUGCAUGUUGAAGGUUCAACUCCUCAACGUAACAUGGGUAGUUUUAUGAAGCCUGGAGGGCAGCUUGGGCCUGGUUACUUAAGAAAUAAUCAUGGACAGGACCCGUGGAAUUUAGAAGGAAGAGCACUAUCUGCAUUGACUAGGUUUGGAGAAAAUGCUAGGAUGGUUUCAGAACCAGUGUGGUUACGCAGGGUUCAACACCAGCAAGCAAUUAUGGAGCCUCCAACUCCAGUGGUUGAGAAGUUGACCCUGUCCACCUUAUUGUCCGAAAAAGGUCUUCAAGGGGCGUUUUAUAUCUUUGGGGAGGCUCUGUUUAUAACUAGACCACUCAUCUACGUUUUAUUUAUUCGAAAGUAUGGAAUUCGCUCAUGGAUUCCUUGGUUCCUUUCUCUGGCUGUUGACGUUACUGGGAUGGGCAUUCUUUCACGAAUUACAUCAUCCAGGGGUGGUACAAAAGAGCGGCAGUUUCAUCUUUCUGUCUCUGAAAAGAAUGAGCUUAAAAGACGAAAGUUGUUGUGGGCACUUUACCUUAUGAGAGAUCCAUUUUUUAGCAAGUAUACCAGGCAAAAACUCGAAAGCACCGAGAAAGUUUUGGAACCAGUACCUAUUGUUGGGUUUCUUACAGGCAAACUUGUUGAGCUUCUAAUAGGAGCUCAGACAAGGUAUACUUACAUGUCGGGAUCAUAAGAUGGAAACCACAGUGAGUUAUGCUUUUUAGAGUUUGGCAUCUCUUGCAGGCAAAGAUGUAUUUUGACGUGUUUCUCAAAUACCUACGAUUGUGUCCUGUGGCUGUAUCGAGUUUGUUAGGAAAGGUUCAUGGUUGUUUUUAGCAACUCAAAUUUUUUAUAGAAUUUGUGGAAACCUGUUGAUGAAACUUACAAAAGGAACACAUAUAUGUACAAUAUACCUGAGUUAAGAGGUCUCAAAUCAAGAUGUACGCAUGUAAUAUGGCUCGAUUGAGAGUUUUCUCAGAGAUUGCUCGUCGUUUUUACCUUGGCGUCUCAAACAUGUAGACUUUCACUGCUCUUA